GCUUCCUUCAAUUGUCCCCUCCGUCUCUCGCCAGUUAACUGACUUUUUAAGCUAGCACACUUAGCCUGUUAUGUUUUUAGCUUUUAAAUAACAUGACUUGACAUGUUUCUCUGGCUUCAGAACAGAAGCGGUUUAGAUUUGACUGUUUAUCUGACUGUUUAACCUUAAAGAUGUGGCCGACUGUGUGCCUGACGAUGUUGGCCGGUUGGUCGUGUCUUCUCCUGCCUGUCGUGUCCACACAGUCCGAGAUUACACUCUUCAAGAAGGAGGGCGAUGAAGUUGUUCUCAAACCACAGAGCUCUGUGAAUAAGCCCAUCACCAGCAUCGUGUGGAAGGAUGGUUCUAACCUUGCCAUCCAGUGGGAACAAACUGAUCCGGAUAUCACUUAUUUUCGUCAUUUCAGAGAGCGCUGUAGCCUGAACACUUCAAGUGGAGAGGUGACAAUCACAGGAGUGACUCGAGAUUACAAUGCAGUCUACACACCAAGCAUCAACGAGGUCCAGGGCACUCAGAUUGUUCUCAGAGUCAUGUCUCCCGUCCCUGUACCCACUGUUACUGAAUCAUGUGAUGAUAAGAUGACCAGCUGUACCUUGACCUGUGACGGAAACAUCACAGGCGUUGAAGAAGUCACCUACGAAUGGAAGUCAGAUGAGUCAAAAUUGGAGAUUUCAUCUAAGGAGCACAAAGUUGAAAAGGAGAAAAGUCAAACCAUGAAGGAGUUAAGCUGUGAGAUGCAUAAUCCGGUCAGUCGGGAGAGCAGCAAACCCAUCCCCAACCCUUUCAUCAAGAAACCUAAGCGGGGUCUGAACGUCAACUCAGGACUCAUAGUCUUCAUCUGUCUGCUGACAGCUGUAAUAAUGCUGGCUAUUGUACACCGAUGCAAAGCAGGGAUGUGGUUUUUCCAAAAAGAAUCCCUGCCCCAUGAAGCAGACUUCUGGAGGAAGAAAGAGAGGCCACGAGGAAAUGAAUGCCGAAUCUAAUGGCGUAAAGGCUCAUCAAGAGCAGGAACAAGGGGACGAGGAAACACCAAUGACAUAGGCGGCCAAACGAAGCCAAGUCGGGACCCGUCAGGUGUAAAACAAGACGAUCCAGAGUGAAGCUGAGAUGUUUUAGGAAAUCCACAAGUGUAUCCAAAUAAUACAAUGACACUAAAUGCAGUAUGGGAUCAGUCCUAGUUGUUAUACUUUAUUUUCUCGCAGUGUAUCUGUCUGUGCUGUGUUUCCAGAGAGGCAGAGAAACUUCAGGCAAUACCAGAAAAAACCCAUUUUAGUGUGCUUUCCUGUGGCGGACGGCAUACCUGACACCAACUGGUGCCUCAAGCUCAUUAAAUCAACGGUUGUUGAUGAUCUGAGGCAGAUCCGGUGUGGGUUCGUGCGGCUCGAAUUAGACUGACAAAACGGGGGGGGGAAAGGGACGCCAUUGUCUGGUUUGGGCUGCCAGCACAACCAACAAUCCAGGCUUUGUACAGGACUUUACCACUUACUGACUCCUCAGCAACAGCUUCUAUG